AUGGUCUUCCAGUGUGAUAAGAGAAUAUAUCACUUCCGCUGUAAGAUGGCCAUGCCGUGGCCAGGUUAUGCUAAAGGACGACGGAGAUCAAAGAAGCUCGUGCCACACUGUACCGCUUUUAUGGAGGUGAUCGAACUUGGAAACAAGUACGAAGUGGAGUACUGCACAACCCAUUUUGGACACGGAUCAGCUCCCGAGUUAAUGGACACUGACCAGGAAUCUAAACAAAUCGUACCACUGAGAACAGUUCCAAACUUAUUGCGCUCGAACAAGUAUUUACUACGACGCUUUGACGAGGAGGUCGCUGCUCUGCGCUCUAAAUUGUCACAACUGUCAGAGAUACCUGGACAGCAAGUGAAUGAGCACCUCUCAAUGAUAGUAGGUAUCAUUAAAGAUGCAGGCGAAUCGACAUCAACGGUUUGUUCAUCAUACCAAAUUGCGAACGAAACGCUGUCCUCGUCUACUGUUACCACGCCAAAAGUCAAGCAGAGCAUUACACUACAAAAAGUCAAAGAGGAAAAAUAG